CUCGACCUCGGCCGGGCGGGGCUGGCCACCGACGUGCAGACCGUUGCCCAGAGACUGAAGUUCAGGCUGAACCUGUACGAGCUGAAGGAGGGGCGGCAGAUCAAGCCGCAGACGUUUAUGAGCAUGGUGUCUAAUCUGCUCUACGAGAGACGGUUUGGACCUUACUACACGGAACCAGUCAUCGCUGGUCUGGACCCUGUAACGUACGAACCUUUCGUCUGCUCCCUAGACCUGAUCGGCUGCCCCAUGGUCACCGAUGACUUUGUGGUCAGCGGCACCUGCACGGAGCAGAUGUACGGCAUGUGCGAGUCCCUCUGGGAGCCCGACAUGGAACCAGAUCACCUCUUUGAAACCAUCUCCCAGGCCAUGCUGAACGCAGUGGACAGAGAUGCGCUGUCCGGAAUGGGCGUCGUAGUUCACAUAAUUGAAAAAGACAAGAUCACCACGAGGACCCUCAAAGCUCGCAUGGACUAGCCCGGCAGUGCCGCUCCUGUGUUUCACCUCCCACUCUGCUUGGAACUUUUUUAAAUAAAAUUCUUCUCCUCUGUUGUAG